UACCCGGAUGGUGAUCGCUGGCCUUUUCGCGCCAAUACUGCAAGUUCUCGCAGCAACCUUGAGAGGGGAAGAGGCACAACAGUCUUCCACUCCCGCCAGCCGGUCAGCGGGACCACUGCCUUUCUCUGGCCUGUGUCCGCCGCUCUGGGGCAAGGUCUAGGGCAAGGUCGCAGCAUCUGCGUCAGAAAUCACGGGAACUUGGCCUGCUGAAGAAGCUGGCUCAGCUGGGAGGCCAAGGCAUGUUUUAGCAAAGCAGUUUAUCUUAAUUCUGAACGGACAGUGGAGGCCACCUCGAGGCCUCCCUGGGGCUCCACAUGAAGCCCGAGUCCAGGCAGGCCCUCUUCCACGUGGCUGUGGCCAGCUGCUUCUGCACAGCCACCGUCUACAUGGGUGUGUUCGAUGGCAUCUUUGUCCAGCUGGGCUAUGAAUACUAUGCCGAAGCCCCUGUCACCGGCCUCCCCGCCUUCCUGGCCAUGCCCUUCAACUCACUCAUUAACGUGGCCUACGUCCUGUUGGGGCUAUAUUGGCUGCAGAGGAAGGCCAGGGCCCCGGGGCACCCCAUGGAGGCGCGGAGGGCUCGCUACCUGAAGGAUGUCUUCGCCAGCAUGGCCCUGGUCUAUGGCCCGGUUCAGUGGCUGUGGAUUGCGACGCAGGUGCACCCCGCCGCUGUGCUGGACCAGUGGUUCACCUUGCCCAUCUUCGCGUGGCCAGUUGCCUGGUGUCUCUCCCUAGACAGGGGUUGGGAUCCCUGGUUGUUCCUUGCCAUCGAGGGUCUCUCCCUGGGCAAUUACGGCCUCACCCUGCUACACUCCUGUGGGUUCGAGGUCGCGCUGGGCGCCCACAUCGCAGCUGCCGUGGCCCAGGCCCUGCGCACUCACAGGCGCCACGGCACUGCCUCCUCGGGGACCUACUUGGCUCUGGGCGUGCUCUCCUGUGCGGGCUUUGUGGUCCUCAAGCUGUGCGACCAUCAGCUCGUGCAGUGGCGUCUCUUCCAGCGGCUCACAGGCCACUUCUGGUCCAAAGUCUGUGACGUGCUCCAGUUCCAUUUCGCUUUCUUGUUUCUGACAAACUUGAACACUUGCCAAAGCCCUCCUGAGGGGAAGAUACAUUAAAGUUUGCCCGGAAGAAACUUAAAAAA